UAAAACUAUUGUGUUUUUAAUAAGAAGAUAGAUAUAAAAAAAUAUAUAGAUAACUUACGAAAAUGAAAAUGGCAAUAAUACUAAAUAUUCAAGUGUACUUAUGUAUGUUUUUCGCUGUUUUAUAUAUUGAAGGAUUACAUAAUAAAAAAGAAAAAGCGGCUAUCAUAAAUGAUUUUCUACGUCAACCAGGAUGGAAAAAUUUAAAUGAUGUCGAAUUUAUUAGUUAUUGGAAAAAAAAAUAUGAACUGAAAGAUUUAUUUAUUGAACCUGUAAAAAUGUAUAAUUGCGAUAAUUGCAUACGGAAAGCAACGAUAUUCCUUGGAUGUUCUUACUAUCAUGAUUUAAAAUUAAUAUUCUUAUCAUUAAUUAAAUUACAAGAACAAUGUUCUGGUCUAUUAAAUUCUGGCGACGAUAGUGUGCACAAUUGUAUAGUAACACUGUUAACAAAAAUGAUUGAAAUGGUUUCCAUGGCAAAAUAUAUGAAAGGAGCUUUAUAUGCAAUAGAAAAAUACCAUAACAUUCCCUGGAACACCCUAAAAAGAAACCGUUUUAUUUUAAGCAGCUUACUAACAAAUAUACAAGAAGAUGGAACUUUAUUGACUACGUUAAGAAACAGUUCGAAUUCAAUUAAAGAUGUAUUAGAAACAAUCGCGAAAAUAUUAUUCGCAAGACGUCUUGAACUUGAUGAAGAAAAGUUAUUUUGUCAACUAAAAUAUUUAGAUUUUAAUUCAUUGUGCAAUAUAUGGAAUAUGGAAUUUAAUAACUUAAAAUAUCAAGGAAAAUACCAUGAAUUUUUCAUUUUUCUUAGUGAUAAAAUUAGAAAUUUAAUCCUAACGACAAUCAUGAAAAAGUAUAUUGAACUUGGAUUUAAAUAUGACUGGAACACAAGUCAGACUUUUUUACCUGCUCUACCACCUACCAAUGUCAAGCAAGAUAUCGCACAAAAGUUUACAAUAAAUUUUGUACAAAAUACCAAUGAAGUAAAUGUACAAGAAGAAAAUCAGCAAAAUGAUCUUACAAAAUAUCCUUCGAUACUACAUACCAAUGUUGUAGAGAAUAAAGAAGGCAAUCAACAAGAAAGAAAUCAUAGUAAAAAAGAAAAUGCAAUCAUCAUUAAUAAUUUUCUACGUCAACCAGGAUGGAGUAAUAUAAAUGAUGUCAAAUUAAUUAAGUAUUGUGGCAAACAAUAUGAACUGAAAGAUUUAUUUAUUGAACCUGUAAAAAUGUAUAAUUGCGAUAAUUGCAUACGGAAAGCAACGAUAUUCCUUGGAUGUUCUUACUAUCAUGAUUUAAGAUUAAUAUUUUUAUCAUUAAUUAAAUUACAAGAACAAUGUUCUGGUCUAUUAAUUUCUGGCGACGAUAGUGUGCACAAUUGUAUAGUAAUACUUUUAACAAAAAUGAUUAAAAUGGUUCCCAUGGCAAAAUAUAUGAAAGGAGCGUUAUAUGCAAUAGAUAAAUAUCAUAAUAAUCCCUUGAACACCCUCAAAAGAACCCGUUUUAUUUUAAGUGGUAUACUAACAAAUAUACAGCAAAAUGAAACUUUAUUGACUACGUUAAGAAUCAGUUCGAAUUCAAUUAGAGAUGUAUUAGAUACUAUUGCGAAAAUAUCAUACGCAUGGCUUCUUAAACUUGAUGAAGAUAAGUUAUAUUGUCAACUAAAAUAUUUAGAUUUUAAUUCAUUAUGCAAUACAUGGAAUAUGGAAUUUAAUAACUUAAAAUAUCAAGGAAAAUACCAUGAAUUUUUCAUUUUUCUUAGUGAUAAAAUUAGAAAUUUAAUCCUAACGACAAUCAUGAAAAAGUAUAUUGAACUUGGAUUUAAAUAUGACUGGAACACAAAUCAGACUUUUUUACCUGCUCUACCACCUACCAAUGUCAAGCAAGAUAUCGCACAAAAUUCUGAUAUAAAUUUGAUACGAAAUACCAAUGAAGUAAAUGCGCAAGAAGAGAAUCAACAACAUUAUUACACAAGUCAGACUAUUUUACCUAGUCUACGUCUUACCGAUUUCAAGCAAAGUAUCGCACAAAAUUGUACAAUAAAUUUUAUACAAAACAUCAAUGAAGUAAAUGCGCAAGAAGAAAUUCAGCAACAUGAUCUUACAAAAUAUCCUUCUUUACUACAUACGAAUGUUGUAGAGAAAAAAGAAGGCAUUCAACAAGAAAAUGUCAAUUGUGACUUUAGAGAUGAUUCAGUCUUACUAAUUGAAUAUCCUGAGGAUAUUACAAAAUAUCCUUCGAUUCUACAUACCAAUAAUGUAGAGAAACAGGAAGACAUUAGACAAAAAAAUGUCAAUUGUGAAUUGAAAGAUGAUUCAGUCGAACUAAUUGAAUAUCCUAAGGGUAUGGAACCAUUUAAUAAGUAUCUUUAAAUUAAUUUUCUUGUGCUAAAUUUUUCUCAUAGUUCCAUUAACACAUACAAUAAUUGUGUUAAUUUAAUUUAAAUGCAUGUUUUAAAUAUUUAAUAAAAAAACAGAAUUCAUAAUUAUUAACAAUAUUAUUAUUAGUAUUCAAAAAAUGUGCGUUACUUAUACUUUUACAUUAAUAAUAACAAAAAUAAAAUACAACACAAAUCCUAGAACAAUAUAAAAAC